AUGGACUACCUUAAGGUGUGGGGAGUUCCUUCCGAUCAUGCCCCACCGGGUCUCGCAGCCAUUGCCCUCGGGGGCAUUGAAGUCCCCCAACAAACAAUGGGAUCCCAGGCGAGAAUGCUCUCUAGCACCCCCAGGGACUCCAAAAAGGAAUGGGUGGAGGGAGGCUACCUUUUCAUCCGCAGGGGAAAACCCCCAAUGUACAGGCACUGGAAGUUGGGAGCAACGGGAAUGCCCACACCUGCUCAAUGCUUCUCACCUGGGAAGAGCCCGGAGUGGAAGAGAGCUUAUGGCCUCCCAAAGAGACUGUUUUCAGUGUGUCGUGGGUCACCUGGUAACCCCAUGGACUACCUUAAGGUGUGGGGAGUUCCUUCCGAUCAUGCCCCACCGGGUCUCGCAGCCAUUGCCCUCGGGGGCAUUGAAGUCCCCCAACAAACAAUGGGAUCCCAGGCGAGAAUGCUCUCUAGCACCCCCAGGGACUCCAAAAAGGAAUGGGUGGAGGGAGGCUACCUUUUCAUCCGCAGGGGAAAACCCCCAAUGUACAGGCACUGGAAGUUGGGAGCAACGGGAAUGCCCACACCUGCUCAAUGCUUCUCACCUGGGAAGAGCCCGGAGUGGAAGAGAGCUUAUGGCCUCCCAAAGAGACUGUUUUCAGUGUGUCGUGGACCAUGGGGCCGAUGUAUGGGCAGCGAGUGUGGCCCUGGAGGCGGUCAGAGCAGAGCGGUGUGGUGCGCACACUCUGAAGGCUGGACCACCCUGCACACCAACUGCAAUCAGACGGAGCGCCCGGACAACCAGCAGAGCUGCUUCAGAGUGUGUGACUGGCACAAAAACCUGUACGACUGGCAGCUGGGGACAUGGAACGAGUGUGUCCCCGUUUCGCUGCGCAGCGCCGGGGUGCAGCGCCCCGCUGUGUGCACCUGGGGAGAAGAGGGCAUCCAGACCCGUGAGGUGGACUGCGUCCAAAAGGCAAACGGAGAACCAGCGGAGGAUGCAAUCUGCGAGUACUUCGAGCCCAAGCCCCGCCUCGAGCAGGCGUGCAUUAUACCUUGUCCCCGGGACUGCGUGGUUUCCGAGUUCAGCCAGUGGACCUCUUGCUCAAAAACGUGUGGAAUGGGCUUACAGAACCGCAUCCGUUUCAACCGCAUCCGUUUCGUACUGUCGCCGCCACUGUUCGGCGGGGCGUUUUGCCCAAACCUAACUGAAUUCCAAACAUGCCAGCUGGGACUGUGCGAAGGAGAAGAGAAUCUUUACAGCCUCAGGGUAGGACCCUGGGGGUCCUGCUCUGUACCACUGCCAAGGCAAGCCAGACAAGCUGGCAGACCACCCAGAGACAGCGAGAAAUCAUCUGGAGAAAGUGAUAAGCUCUCUAAGGAGGGAGAGAAACAGUCAAGAGGAAAUGAUAAACCUUUCAGAGGGGGUGAUAAACACUCCAGAGAGACCGUUCCCCAGCCUGGCGAGGGAGAAAAGCAGUCAAAAGGAGGGGAUAAGCCUGGCAAGGAGGGUGAGAAACAGCGGAAGGACAAGGACAAAUUAGCCAAAGGGGUCGUCAAACUACCGAGAAACAGAGAUAAACCGUCCAAGGAGAACCGUAAACUAAGCAGAGCGAACACCAAAUCCGACGGUCCGUCUCGGCAGGCGGACAGGCCCAAACGGCAGAAAAAAGCGAAAAACAAGGACAAAAGAGAGAAAGUCAGAGAAAGGUUAAGAGAGAGGGGAAAGGCAAAGGACCCGGAGACAAGAGAACUCAUCAAGAAGAAGAGGACCAGGAACCGUAAAAACCGCGUGGGAGGAAAGUUCUGGGACCUCCAGGUUGGCUCCCAAUCCCGGGAAGUGACCUGUGUCCACAAAAAUGGAAACGUUGAAGCUCUAAGCAUGUGCUCACAGGAGAUCUUGCCAGCCACCUUCCAGGCUUGUGUCAUGGCCAAAGAUUGUGAGGUUAGCGAAUGGUCUGACUGGUCAGCUUGUUCCAAGGAGUGCUAUGAGCCCAAUGGGCCCAAGGGUGAGCGCACACGCACCAGGAAGGUUAGCCAGUUCCCCGUCGGUGGAGGAAAAGAGUGUCCAGAGCUGAUGGAAAAGGAGCUGUGCAGCCCCCAGGGAGAAGGAGUGCCAGCCUGCAUUAGCUACAGUUGGAAGACCACAGAGUGGACAGAGUGCAGGGUGGAUGUGCUGCUGAGCCAGCAGGACCGUCGGCGUGGAAACCAGACUGGCUUGUGCGGAGGCGGAAUACAGACGCGGGAAAUCUACUGUGUUCAAAGUAGUGCUGAUAGGUCUUCCAACGGCACCUCACCGAAGAGCAAAGACAGCGCUAGACCAGUGGACAUUGAGCUCUGCCAGGGCAGUCCUCCGAACAACUCCCAGCUGUGCAACAUCAACUGUCUUGUAGAAUGUGAAGUGUCUUCAUGGAGCGCCUGGGGACCUUGCACCUACGAAAACUGUCAAGAGCAGGCGGCCAAGAAGGGCUUCAAGCUACGUAAGAGGAGCGUUGUCAAUGCGCUGAUGGUGAGCAGCAUGGGGAGCUGCCCCCACCUGGUGGAGGCCAUACCAUGUGAAGAGCCCAGCUGCUACAACUGGCUGGUGACGAGACUGCAGGAUUGCGUCCCCGAACUCGUGGGAGGGUGUGGCCCAGCGGCUCAAAUCCCUGAAGUGACGUGUAUCGAUAGUGACGAUACAUAUGUGGAGAGGCAGCUGUGCCGUGACGCCAUUCUCCCCAUGCCGGUCGUCUGCGAUGUUCCUUGUCCCAAGGACUGUGUCCUAAGUCCCUGGACCCCUUGGUCCCUUUGCUCUCACACCUGCUCUGGAAAAAGUACCGAGGGCAAACAGACCAGAUCUCGGUCCAUCCUAGCCUAUAACGCAGGAGAAGGUGGAGUCCUCUGUCCCAAUGUAAGCUCCCUGCUGGAGGUGAGAAACUGCAACGACCAUCCCUGCACUGUGUACCACUGGCAAACUGGACCCUGGGGCCAGUGUAUAGAGGACACAUCCGUUCUGGCUACCAACACAUCUGCCAUCAGAAUGCACGGUGACGAUGCCUCCUGCUUAGUGGGCAUGCAAACCCGCAAGGUCAUCUGUAUCCGGGUCAAUGUGGGCCAGGUUCCUCCCAAAAAGUGUCCGGAGAGCCUCCGUCCAGACACCGUCAGGCCUUGCUUACUGCCAUGUAAGCGCGACUGUAUCGUGACCCCGUACAGUGACUGGAGCGCCUGCCCAGCUGCGUGUAAAGCAGAUGGCAACACCAAGAAAAAACAGUAUAGGAAACGUAUUAUUAUCCAGUUACCAGCCAAUGGAGGGCUGGAUUGCCCCGAGGUGCUCUCUCAGGAGAAAGAGCGUGAACCUCCAUCUGUCUGCCAUGGUAUCCGCUGGAAAAUUCACAAGUGGCGUCGGUGCCAACUGGUUCCAUGGUCGGUUCGUCAGGAAAGUCCAGGCGCCCUGGAGACUUGUGGGCCGGGACUACAAAUUCGAGCCGUUUCAUGUCGGAAGCUGGACGGCGGACAAGUGGAGGUUGAAGAUUGUCUUAAGUUUGCCAGCCCGAUGCCACCUCUAAUUCAACACUGCCACGUGCCCUGCCAGGAGGACUGUCAGCUGAGUAUGUGGUCUAAGUUCUCCUCCUGCACUGCGGACUGCGUCGGAGUCAGGAUUCGCAAGAGGAUGCUGUUAGGGAAAAGCAAAAAGCGUGAUCAGUGCAAGAAUCACCAACUCUACUCCCUGAGUGAGACCCAGUACUGCCCGUGCAACAAGUAUAAUGCUCAGCCGGUGGGAAACUGGUCGGAUUGUAUUCUACCUGAGGGCGGCCGUAUGGAGGGUCAGCUUGGAAUGAAGAUCCAGGGAGACAUCAAAGAAUGUGGCCAAGGUUAUCGUUACCAGGCCAUGGCUUGUUAUGACCAGGACAACCGCAUAGUAGAGACUUCGCGCUGUAACAGCCACGGAUACAUUGAGGAGGCUUGCAUCAUCCCCUGUCCAUCUGACUGCAAGCUCAGUGAGUGGUCCAACUGGUCACGUUGUAGCAAAUCCUGCGGCAGUGGGGUCAAAGUUCGCUCUAAGUGGCUCAGGGAAAAGCCGUAUAACGGUGGGAGACCUUGUCCUAAACUAGACCAUGUCAACCAGGCUCAGGUUUAUGAGGUUGUGCCGUGUCUCAGUAAUUGCGGUCAAUACGUCUGGGUAGCGGAGCCCUGGAGUGUCUGGAAAGUGAGCAACGUAGAUGUAAAUAACAACUGCGGUGAAGGCGUUCAGACCCGGAAAGUCAGGUGUAUGCUAAACACUAUCGACGGACCCUCUGAGCAAGUAGAGGACUAUCUGUGCGACCCAGAGGAAAUGCCCCUGGGGGCCCGUAAUAGCCGGCUGCCCUGCCCUGAGGACUGUGUGUUGUCAGACUGGGAAGCCUGGAGCCCAUGUGCACUGCCGUGUGGCGGGAAUAGCACCAGGGAAAGGAGCGCUUUCCCACUGCGCCAACCUGGGGAAGGAAAGGAAUGCCCACAUACUAAGGAGAUGGAGCCGUGUAAACUGAACAGUAACUGCUUUCACUACUCCUACAAUAUCACCGAUUGGAGCACCUGUCAGCUAAGUGACCGAGCAGUGUGUGGGAAUGGCAUCAAAACCCGCAUGCUGGACUGUGUGCGUAGCGACGGCAAAUCUGUUGAUCUGAAGUACUGCAAAGAGUUGGGUCUCGAGAGGAAGUGGCAAAUGAACGCUUCCUGUACAGUGGAGUGCCCUGUCAACUGCCAGCUGUCUGAGUGGUCCUCAUGGUCUAGAUGUACACGCACCUGUGGUCUGGCAGGAAAGCUAUGGAGGAGAAGGACGGUGAUCCAGGCUCCUCAGGGUGAUGGCAGACCGUGUCUGUCCCAGAUGGAGCAGUGGAAGCCUUGUCCAGUUAAGCCCUGCUACAGCUGGCAAUACAGCACCUGGUCUGAGUGCAAGUCUGAGGGGGCAAGAUGUGGGGAUGGCCUGCGUUUUAGGAACGUGUCAUGCUUUGUGUCAGACGGGUCAGGUCUGCAGGACAGCAGUUUGGUGGACGAUGAGCUGUGUGGCGAUCUGGAGCUUUUAGUGGACGGUGAUGCAAAAAUUGUUCUGCAGGAACCCUGUACCGUACCCUGUCCAGGUGAGUGCUACCUAAGGGAUUGGACCAGGUGGAGCCCGUGCCAGUUAAGUUGUGUGAACGGAAACGACCUUGGCUUUGGAUCAGUCAGGGUCAGAUCCAGACCUGUAGUAGCUCAGGAUCCAGAGAACUUGUUGCAGUGUCCAGAACAGGAGAUGGAGACAAGCUCAUGUACAGAUGGCCAGUGUUUUGAAUACAAGUGGAAAACCGGGCCGUGGAAGGGCUCUUCGCGCCCUGUGUGGUGUCAGCGCUCUGAUGGUCUAAACGUAACAGGUGGAUGUCCGGUGUCUGCCACACCGAAAUCGGACCGAUCGUGUGACCCUCCCUGCACCAAACCGCGCUCCGUCUGCACAGAGGUGGGUGUGUGUGGCUGUGAACAGGGCUACACUGAAGUCAUGACAUCCGAUGGGCUGCUGGAUCAGUGUACCGUCAUCCCUGUGCUGGAGAUCCCCACCACUGGUGACAACAAGGCUGACGUCAAGACAAUUCGAGCCUUGAACCCCACUCAGCCUGCGUCCAGCACACCGAGCCGAGUGGGACGCACAUGGUUUCUGCAGCCUUUUGGUCCUGAUGGGAAGGUGAAGACCUGGGUGUACGGUGUGGCUGCGGGAGUGUUCGUCCUGCUCGUGUUCAUCAUCUCCAUGACGUACCUAGCAUGCAAAAAGCCAAAGAAGCCACAGCGAAGACAGAUGAACAACCGACUGAAGCCCCUGACUCUAGCCUACGACGGAGAUGCAGACAUGUGAUUGUCCUCGUGUUGACUGCAGCGACCUAAGGACUAUUGUCUCACUGCAGGGCAAGUGGGGUUGUUCACACAUAACACAAUACGUGAAGAACUUCCUGAUAGGAAACGCAACUCUAGAGAUCAAGAAAAAGAAAACUCUUAUGCAGCUCUUAUGUUUCUAUAUUCUUUUCUAUAUUCAUUUUGAUACUUUCAGAGCUGGGAGGAAACCUUGUCCUUUUUCACAGCGCUGCCAUUUUGCUACUGCCACUAACAUUUACAUCAUGCUAAAUGGGAUCAUCUCUGUGUGAUACUUGAUGAUUCUUAUCCAAAUUAUAUACCACAUUUUCCGGACUAUAAGUUGCUCUGAGGUAUAGGUCGCCCAAGCUAGCUAGAGUGCCCUCUGGUGGCUGUCAGUGUGAAAAUAACGAACUUUUAAAUUUUCA